AUGGGGUUAACAAAUAAGAGUGAGGGAGAACAGGUCACACCCAACAACUCUGAUGUGCCAAAUGAAUAUCAAGGCAAAGACACCUAACAGCUAGAAGAGUAUAAUCCGGCAGGGCAGCAAACACUACAAGCAGGCACACAGCCAUCCAGAUGUCAAUUGCCUUCACGUAAGACACCUGCAACAUCCAUCAACAGAGCAGUCAACCUUCCUGGAGUCCUCCCAUGGCCUAUCCGGUGAGUUGCCAGCCCAUAUUAACUGUCUGCUGUUCUUCAUUUUUAUCCUGAAUUUCUUCUGGUUUUUAAAGAAGCUUUCCACGAUAUUUCCAAUUGCCUGAAGUCCCAUGUCAAAAAGGUCAUCCUUCAUCUCUCUGUGCUGUCCACCCUCCACUUCCAUCUGCCUUUCCUCCCUACGCUUCUUUUUCUUUCCUUCUUUUUUCUUUUUGUGCUUUUGCUUCUGAUUCUGCUGCUUCUUAUUCUUUUCAUUCUUACAUUCUUAUGAUUCUUUUCUCUCAAUAAAUAGCAACGAACAUGAACUCUGCAUUUGUUUGCCUUGUUAUCUCCUA